UAAAAAUUUCAUUUUUGCAUAAUCAAAAAUGUGUUGGAACGAAAUGAAUGGCGAAGUACGACUGAGUGACGCUUGACAAUUGUCAUUCCUUCCCUCCUCCAGCCUUACGAAACCCUCUGAGGCACCGAUUUGUCCAUAAAAUAUUCUGCAUAUCUUACCGACAUUGAGAGAAUGAAGGACAGAGCAGGAGGAAGAGGAUCAGCGCCAACGGAGGCUUCAGUGGAGGAGCGUUACACACAGUGGAAAUCACUGGUCCCUGUGCUCUACGACUGGCUCGCCAAUCACAACCUCGUUUGGCCCUCUCUUUCUUGUCGAUGGGGUCCGCAACUAGAACAAGCUACUUACAAGAACCGACAGCGGCUUUACCUUUCUGAACAGACUGAUGGUAGCGUUCCUAAUACACUCGUCAUUGCAAAUUGCGAAGUUGUAAAACCUAGGGUGGCAGCAGCAGAGCACAUAGCACAGUUUAACGAAGAAGCUCGCUCGCCAUUUGUUAAGAAGUGGAAAACCAUCAUACACCCUGGAGAGGUUAAUCGAAUCAGAGAACUACCACAGAAUAGCAAGAUUGUGGCCACUCACACUGACAGUCCGGAUGUUCUCAUUUGGGACGUUGAAAGUCAGCCUAAUCGUCACCCUGUUUUAGGUGCCUCAGCAUCUCGUCCAGAUCUGGUACUGACUGGUCACCAAGAGAAUGCUGAAUUUGCACUUGCCAUGUGCCCAACAGAACCUUUUGUGCUAUCUGGAGGGAAGGACCAGUCAGUAGUUUUGUGGAGCAUCCAUGACCACAUCUCUUCUCUGGCAGCAGAUCAGGGAGCUGCGAAGUCUCCAGGAUCUAAGGGUGGUGCAGUCAAUGGAAAAUCUUCAGACAGUCCCACCAUUCAAGCUCGAGGUAUUUUCCAAGGGCACACGGACACAGUGGAAGAUGUUCAGUUUUGCCCUUCAAGUGCGCAGGAGUUCUGUAGCGUUGGUGAUGAUUCUUGCCUUAUCCUAUGGGACGCUAGAACUGGCUCUGCUCCUGUUGUUAAGGUUGAAAAAGCUCACAGUGCUGAUCUUCACUGUGUUGAUUGGAAUCCAAAUGAUGUGAAUCUGAUUUUGACCGGAUCUGCUGAUAAUACUGUACGCAUGUUUGACCGACGAAAUCUUACUAAUGGUGGAGUUGGAUCCCCAGUCCACAUAUUCGAAGGCCACAGUGCUGCAGUCCUGUGUGUCCAGUGGUCUCCGGACAGGUCAUCUGUAUUUGGGAGUGCUGCAGAGGAUGGUAUUCUGAAUGUCUGGGAUUACGGAAAGAUUGGCAAGCUGGAGGGUGCUGGUACAGGAAGUUCAGAUUCUCCUCCUGGCCUAUUCUUCCGACAUGCUGGGCACAGGGAUAAGGUUGUUGACUUCCACUGGAAUUCAUCAGACCCGUGGACAAUUGUCAGUGUCUCUGAAGAUGGUGAAAAAACGGGCGGGGGAGGUACACUACAGAUAUGGCGAAUGAUGGACUUGCUUUACCGUCCAGAAGAGGAGGUUCUUGCUGAGCUCGAUAAGUUCAAAUCUCACCUACUGACGUGUGCCUCUUGAUUUCAUUCCUGAAAAUGGGGAAACUUAUGGCCUUCUUAUAAUUUAAUAGAUGAUCUUAUGAUUUUCACAAAUGUACGGAUCGUGACAAGUAAUAAAGUGGAUAUUUACGAUCAAUUUUAUUUUACUUUCCUAAUCUAGCGGUAGUUUGAAUUAAUGUGUUGGCCUAUUAACAAAUCAAGAUCUUAUGCUAUAAUUAUAUUAUGUUAACCUAA